AUGCUACGCUAUGACAGCGCCUUAGACGAAUAUUCCGAAAUAGACUUCAAUGAUUUCGAAAGUGCCAGAUCCUUACGAAAACUUAACAACCGCAGUAGUAGCGAAGAAACGUUGGUUGAAAUUAAUGACACGGCUCGAGUAAUCAAACAUUACGGUCGCAUAAACAUUUUCCUCAAAUUUCGUACACACAAACCCUUGCAUGAAUAUGCAAGAGACAUCGGAUAUACGUUAUUGACAACUAGAUGGAGAUGGAUAUUACUGACUGUCGGAAUUGUAAAUCUAGUUACGUACAUAUUUUUUAGUUUUUUGUGGAUGUGGCUCGCCCAUGUCAGUGGUGAUUUUGAGCCGGACAAUAAAGAACCGUGUGUGGUCAAUACUAAAACUUUCACGGGAUAUUUAUUAUUGAGUAUUGAAUCGAUUACGUCUAUAGGAUACGGAUACCGGUAUCCCACUGAAAGUUGCAAGGAAGUGUGGUUGAUUCAUGUGUUCCAGGCGCUUUGCAACAUCGCUCUUCAGGGCAUUUUAGUCAGUGCUGUUUAUGUGAAGAUCACUAUGCCCGUAAAAAAAGUACUGCACUGUAUUUUCAGUAAAAGUGCUGUGGUUUGUUUAAGAGACGGCAAACUGUGCUUUAUAUUUCGAAUAAACGAUUUCACCAGUAAAAUUUGGUGUGGCACAACAAUUUACCUAUAUUUCAUAGACAAAGACGAAAAUAAAUCGUUCGCCCUUAAACAAAUGAAAGUUCAGCCUUAUGGUCUUCUGAUAUUCCCACUGGAAAUAGUGCACACCAUUGACGAAGACAGUCCCUUAUGGGAAUUUAGCCCUGAAGACCUGGCCACCAAACAAUACGAAAUAGUGGCUGUGGCAGAAGGUAGUUCAAUGAUAACUGGGCAAGUGUCUCAAAACCGAACCUCAUAUAUAAGGACGGACAUUUUCUGGGGCUACAGAUUUUGUCCCUGUGUCAGUUUCAAUGAACACUCCAACAAGUGGAUUGUAGACUAUAAAUCUUUUAAGACGAUUAUUCCAUUUGACACACCUUUAUGUAGUGCCAAGCAACUGAAACAGUUCGAAUCCCAAACAGCAAAUAUAACAUAUACUGAAUAACAAAGAGUUUAUCAUUUGGUGUGCUUUAAUACCU